CUGGAAGAAUCAAUCCUCCUAGAGCCUGUGAGGCGAAGACUAUCCCCCCAGGUGUGCGGAUGAGGAGCUUUAGGCUCGCGACCCCGGGAAGGGACCGUCCCAGAGUCACAGCUUCAUCAACAGAGUCGGGGUUCACACCCGGGACCCCUCCCCACAAGAUGAAGAGAGGAAAGUUGUGGUCAUCAUUUACCUGCGGAGAUUGGGAGGACGCUGUUGAUGAAAGUGGGCUGAGACAUGAUAAAGCGGAAGAAAAGCUGAAGGUAAAUUCCCAGAGUCAUCGGAUUCAGGACAACCAUGCUGGCUGGGGUCUGAGUAAAGAAGCAACUCAGACCUGCCAGUCCCCUGGAACCUCUAGAGGACCCAUCUCCAGCUGCCAACUGACUACAGCUGCAUGAGAGACCUCAAGUGAGCGACACUUGGCCAGUAGCUACGGUGCAGGAUCACACAAGUGACAGCAUCAUCUUAUUGUGAAUCCAAAAGAAAAAGGAAAAAGAGAAAUGGUUACUGCAAAACAGAAAAUAACAACUAAGCAACAUAUGAGGUCAGUGAGACAUAAGCAAACGUCCCCAUACCCUGCUCCAAGCAGGCUAACUCACAAAUUCAUGCCUCUCACGCCCCAGAGCCAGCUACAAUACUGUCUCAGUUUGGCUCUGCCAUCAGAUGGUCAAGGGCCAGCUAAGUGGUAAGAGGAAGGAGGACCUCUGGCUCACAAAUGCAUGUAAACACCCAUAUUCUUGCAUGGUAUAGGAGGUAUGUAGGACUGGGAGCACUUAGCACUAAGCUCAGAGCAAGGCUGAGACAUCAAACUCAUCUGUCCGUCUUAGAAGCUUCCUGAUGAUAGAGUAUUCAUUGAAGCAUCCAAUCAUGGGUGUUUGUGCAGAGAGGAAGCAGGCAGGUGGGGUUCCUGCCCUUUACAACAGGCAAUGAUACACAUAAGUGACACUCUUCCUGCAGGAGCACAAUCCUAUACAGACUUUUGAAAGACAGAUUAAAACAGAAGAGAGAAAGUAAAUGCACCUUAUUCCAGAUUACUUACACUGCAGCAGCAUCUCCAGUUUUCAACAUUUCCUUCCAAGAAUCUGUAUCAAAGCCUUGGUAAAUUCCGUUAUUAUUUACCACCAAAAUUAUGAUUGGUAAGUUGUACCUAAAAUUGAGAGGAAAUCAUUAUUCUAAAUCAGUUUCUUUGCUUUGGACUGAGAUUUUAACAUAAAACUGGACAGUUGUCCAAAUGCUUUUUUUUUUUUUUAAUUAGGGUAAAACUGAAAAUUAAGCAUUGUUCAUUGUUCUCCUAAGGAAAAAUAUCAAAAUCUUUAACAGAAACAUCAUGGAAUGGUAUCUGGAAUACAAGAUUAGGGACUAGCAGAGUUGCUCUACCACUAUGUAACUAUGGACUUUGGGCAAAUCCUGAGCUUUCUGAACCCUGGUCUUUAUAGAUCCAGGUGGUAUUAAGUUACUACUCUCUGAAGCACCAGCUCCAGGCAGUACCUAGGAGCAUGGUUUGAAAGCACCUUUCUUUUUUUAAUGAACUCCUCCUAGACAACCAGGACUUGCUAGAUGCUGUGGGAGAUAUGCCAGUGAUUAGUAUUUCACUCUCAAACCAUGUCACCCAAAACUAGGAAAACAUUACAUGGUGUAAUAAUUAGAGAAGAGAGUAUUUAACAAUCUACACUGUGAAAUAAUAAGGUAAAGACUGAAAAAGCUGAAUAAAUUUUACGAAUAAUAGACAAAGGAGAUGGGUUUUUGUUUCUGAGAUAAGAUGGAAGACCAAAACUAAACUGCACACUGUUAAGUAACAGGGCUGUGGGAACUGCUUGCUCUCUCUGCUCAAUGGGAGUCAGCUUUCCCCAAAAUCACCUUCUGGGUGAGUAUUACUUGGUUGUCAACACAGACACUCUGACAGCUACACACUACCCUCUCAUCUUGAAAGUUGAUAUACCAAAGUUUUGACAGUGCCAAACAAGAUUUAUUUACAAAAGCACUAAUAAGAUCCCUGGCUAAGACAAGAAUGGUUUACUAUAGCUUAAAUAAUUGGGGAAAGAAAACGUCCCAUAUGUCCAGAGGGGUGCAAUGCAUGAGCUUCUGCGUGAAUCCUCACCACUUCAUCCUUAGUCUGAAGAGCUCACCUUCACUGAGCUGUCACCUCAAGUAUCACUCAGAUGUUCUCAUUUCCUCAUAACCAUCCUCUCAGGUAGUAACUACUACUGUUCCUGUCCCUGUUUUAGUGGAGACUGAGGCGCCAUGAAGUGACUGAGCCUAUCACUUGGCUCUGCUGUCGUUGAGCCAGGCCAACCUCUUAACCACCUGGUUCUCUGUCGCCCUGCAGAAGACAAAGCUUUUACCGGUGACCUCAAAGCCACUCCUUCCAGUUCGGCAGGUUCAGGGCCUGCAAGACAGAGGUCAGGAAUGUGCUAUUCUUGGUGAGGAAGACCCUGGGUCUCAGGACAUGGCACAGUGAGGUGCGCAGGGCACUGGCAGAGGUGAACACUUGCUAGGGAUGUGUUAGGUGAGUGGGUGUUGGAUCUAACUUUUAAUAUUUUGAAGAAAGAAAUGCCGUGAUGCAGGAUGCUGUCUUACCUGCAGAUGGUUUCCACUUCCAUGCCAGAAAACCCAAAAGCACUGUCUCCUUCCACACAGAUGACCCGCUGCCCUGGGUUUCUAUCUUUAGCUACCAAAGCAGCUGCAAUGGCAAAACCCAAACCGACUCCCAUCGUUCCAAAAGUGCCAGCAUCCAGCCUGUUGGGGAGUGGAGUUAAAAUGAAACCCCCUGUGGGUGGUGAUCGUGGUGGUGGGUCAAGCUAGCCAUCUUCACCGGCCUCAUCGAAAAAUAAAGAACAAUAAAGCCAUUCUCUUCAGUAUAACAUUUUUAGGCUGCGAGGAACUAAUUCCUCAAGACAGAGAGGAACAAAAUGAAAAAGUCACUCGUGAUUAUUUGGAAGAUUAUGAAUAUGUCCUUAGGACGGAUCACAUGAGCUCAAGGACACCUCAAUUGUAAAAAAUCUACAAGGCCUUGCCUCAGAGUACAUUUAUGAGGUAAGUCCUUAUCCGCUGCACUUGUAUACUUCUCAAAUGUUUUAUUAAGCUGCAUCAUUGUAUUCUCAAACUUAACUCAUUAUAAUUUCUUUUUUUUUAAGAAGCCUUACCUGUGACGAGGAAGGUAAUUUUGAAGCACAGUGCGUCCAAUAUCCAUCGUAUUUGCUCCUUCGCUUACCACAAAACAGUCUCUGGGCAGUUGUUCUUGAACAUGGAAGAAUACUGUGUAAUAAUUCAUAGGCAAGGAUUUUUUGGAAGCUAAUUCCUAAAAUUAACAGGGAAAUAUAACCCAAUUAGGUUGAAAAUAAAUGUGAAAAUAAAUGGUGAAAAUAAAUAAUGGCAAUAAGCUACUAUCAAAUCUAUUUGGAAGUAGGCAACAGCUUCAAGUGACAAGGUCCUCAAAUGGCCACUCUAAAAAAGUGGCCAUUUGUGAACAGUCUUGGGGGAUGUACUAAGAAAAUUGAUCCCAGUGUCCCACCUUGGGACACAAUCAAAUAUUGUGUUGUCGGAAAAGUCAUAACAUAUUUUUUCUAUGUUUUUCAAGCAAAAACGCAUCAUGACUUUUCCAAAAACCCAAUAAGUCAUUAUUCUUUUUUUCUGAUGCUCCAUAAUGCACAUUAGCAUCUUAAAGACUAAGAAGAAGCCCUGUAGUAACAAUAACUGGAAACAAAGAGCUUAAACAAAACUAGUCUUAUUUGAGCACAUUUAGGAAAAAAUACUGCCUUAGAAAAAGUGAAAUUUUUAUUCUAGAAUAUUUUCUUCUGAAAUAUGGUCCUAUGCCUAAAAUAAAAGUGAACUCGGGAUUUUAGAAAGUCUGAAAAUCUGAUUCUUCCCGACAGGUACUGAAGGGUAAGUGGGAUAUGUUCUCUCCACUAUUCUAAAAUGUCUCUGGAAGGAGGAAAAACAGCAAGAUCAAUGCAUUUGUCUAGCCAUGUGCAUUUUAGAGCUGAGAACAAGUCCCUGGGCUUUAGUAACAAGUCCUGUGUGUUCCCAGCACAGCCUCUGUCUCCUGUGUUUCCUUGAUCUGCUGGAGAAUAUACCCAAGAUGGAUGAGGGACCCUCCUGUCCUCUUGAAGCAAGUUCCUUCCAUCUUAAUCUAAGGCAAUUCCUAGAGAUAAGAAGGGAUGACUCAUGAUACCAAGCAGGAAAAAGAACCGAGAUUAGUUCUUGAUAGGAGAAAGUCACUGAUUUAAGUUCCAAUAUAAGAGCCUAGCUUAGCACUCAGCAGGGCAAGAGAUGGUUACAUUCCUAUGUAAGAUAGAAUCACAUAUGAUCAAUUAUGCUUGUUUUGAAAAUGCAAAUUUAUUCUAAGAUGAUGGAUAUUUUAGGAAACAAGAUAGCAUCACUUGAAUUUUGUAUUUGCUUAUGCAAAAUUCUGUCAGUGAGAAGCACUAGCGAACACUGAAAACAGCACCCAAUUGAACUCUGGUGCAUAAAAAUACACAAAACAGUGAAAAAACUCAGAAUCAACUUUUCUGGCAAUCAAAGAGAAAGCACUAUCUAAAUACAAAGACUAUAAACUAAAAUCAGCAAACCCUCCAGAAGUGGCUCAUUUUAGUGCUGGUAAUGCAUGGUUUAGUGGUUCAAGAAUAACUACAGGUUCCGAAGUCUUCAGCUAUCAGACAAAGCCACAGGUGCAGAUGAGAAAGUCACAAAAUAAUUUCCAAUUAUUUGAAAAAUAUUAUGGAUAUCUCACCCAAAAGAUAAGAAAAAAAGAAAAAUAUGUGAGGUGAUGGCUCUGUUUCUUAGCUUGAUGGGCGGAACCCUUACACAGCAGCAACAUAAAUGACCAUUGUACAUUUUAAGUAUCUUACAAUUUUACAUGUCAGCUGUACCUGAUUAAUCUGAAGUUUUUAAAAAAAGGUUAUACCGUGGGUCAAAAUUUGAUGAUAAAGCUAUGUAUGACAAAUGCUUGCCUUGAAGGUUCUACAUCUUAAAGGUAGGAAAACAUCCACCAGGAUUUAAGGUUUCUUAACACCUCCUAAUUGUGAUCCCAGGUCAAUGAGCCACAUCCCCCAUGCUGGCUCCCAGGGCUUCCUGUCCAGUGUCACCACCUGCUUCCCCUCAACACACAACUCAACGGCUGCAGCCCUCCUGACACCCACUUCCACAAGAAACUGCAGGUCUUUUUCAAGCAAGAUUAUAAGUCCCUCAAGGACAGGACCUGUAUAUCAUUCAUCUCCAUAUUCAGUGCCUAAGAAAGCACCUGGGACCUAAGGAGGCCCCUCAGACAAGCUUAUGGAGACUGAAAAUGCUAAGAUGACCUGAUGAUUUAUACUACCAUGAAAAUCAUCCUUCUAAAGUACGAAUCUCGGUUAUGGUCAAGGUAAAGGUCAAGAUUCAUCCCCAUUUCUUCUUUAGAGCCCUCUCUCUUGGCAGAUUGAUGGUCUGCAUUAUGUCCGGAGCCGGCAGUCAGCUCGCCCUCUUCCUCUGCGGCUGUUGGGUGAUCGCCCUGGGAGUCCACACCGGAGCUGAGCAUCUCCAGGCCGAAUCCUACGUGGCCGCCGUGUACGAGCACCCGUCCGUGCUCAGUCCCGACCCACUAGCCCUCACCAGCCGCCAGAUGGCCUUGGAGCUCAUGACGCAGAACCUCGACAUCUACGAACAGCAAGUGCUGACCGCAGCGCAAAAGGGUGUACAGAUUAUAGUGUUUCCAGAAGACGGGAUUCAUGGAUUCAACUUUACAAGAACGUCCAUCUACCCAUUUUUGGACUUCAUGCCAUCUCCUCAGUUGGUCAGCUGGAACCCGUGCCUGGAGCCCCACCGUUUCAAUGACACAGAGGUCCUCCAGCGUCUGAGUUGUAUGGCCAUCAAGGGAGAUAUGUUCCUGGUGGCCAAUCUUGGGACAAAGCAGCCUUGUCACAGCAGCGACCCAGGGUGCCCAAGUGAUGGCAGAUACCAGUUUAACACGAACGUUGUGUUCAGCAACAACGGAACCCUUGUUGACCGCUACCGCAAGCACAACCUCUACUUUGAGGCAGCCUUUGAUACCCCCCUCAAAGUGGAUCACAUCGUCUUUGAUACCCCUUUUGCUGGCAAGUUUGGCAUCUUCACUUGCUUUGAUAUCCUGUUUUUCGAACCCACCAUCAGACUGCUCAGGGACUUUGAGGUGAAGCACAUCGUGUAUCCGACCGCCUGGAUGAACCAGCUCCCGCUCCUGGCAGCUAUUCAGAUUCAAAGCGCUUUUGCCAUGGCCUUUGGGGUCAACGUCCUGGCUGCUAACAUCCACCAUCCAUCUCUGGGGAUGACCGGAAGUGGCAUACACACCCCUCUGAAGUCCUUUUGGUACCAUGACAUGGAAAACCCCAAAGGUCGCCUUAUAACCGCCCAGAUAGCGAGAAAUCCAUUGGGCCUUGGUAUGGAUAAUGCCACAGGUGACAUGGAUCCAUCCCAUAGGAAGUUUUUAAAACUCCUGGCAGGAGAUCCCUACUGUGAGAAGGACGCUCAGGAAGUACAUUGCGACGGAGCCGCCACGUGGGACAUGAAUGCCCCCCCGACCUUUCACUCGGAGAUGAUGUAUGACAACUUCACGCUGGUCCCUGUGUGGGGGAAGGAAGGCUAUCUCCAGGUGUGUGCCAACGGCCUCUGCUGCUACUUACUUUACCAGAGGCCCAUGUUGUCCACAGAACUGUAUGCCCUGGCGGUCUUCCACGGCCUCCACACUGUGCACGGCACUUACUACAUUCAGGUGUGCGCCCUGGUCAAGUGCGGGGGUCUUGGCUUUGACACCUGUGGGCAGGAGAUCACAGAGGCCACAGGGCUCUUUGACUUCCACCUGUGGGGGAACUUCAGCACUUCCUAUAUCUUUCCUCUGUUUCUGACCUCAGGGAUGACCCUGGAAAGGCCUGACCAGCUCGGCUGGGAGAAUGAACACUAUUUCCUCAGGAAAAGAGGACUGACUUCUGGCCUGGUGACGGCGGCUCUCUAUGGGCGGUGGUAUGAGAGGGACUAGGGGAUGGGAGGUGCAGCCCCCUGCACUUGCACAGGCCCCGCCCCGCCUGGCCGGGCUGACCUCUCUACCCUGGAGCCCGUCGUGGGAGCUGUAGGAAAAAGCAGGGGACAGAGAUUCCCCCAGGGUUGCUUCCUCUGACUUAAAAAUUAUGGAGACAUUUCCUGAUAUUUUCUACUCACAUUUAUCUUUUUCAAGUCACACCUUCCCCCAGCAAACCUCUCUUUACACAAUUGGUCUUAAGAGCAAAACAAAAAUAAACGCUAGUUCCUGUUUUACACAAACAUAAGGCAGUGGGUUUUAGUGCGUGUUU